AUGACUUCCGACAAAAGGAAGAACGUAGCCGCAGGUGGUGGUGGGUCAAAGAGUUUGGCGUCCACCUCAACUGCUACUACUACAACUACACCAAUUAAUACCACAACCACGCCCACAAAGUCGGCAAGUAAUAAUGCGCCCGAGACCGUGUCAGAGGCAACCCCUACAAAGAAAGGCCGAAAGCAGGUGCGAAAAAACAAGCGGAAGGGAAAGUUGCAAGCUGCCAAUGGUGUCGAACCCACCCCCACUACAGAGCAGCCCAAGGAAUUGAAAAAGAAGAAGAAGAGCAAAAAGCCGCGAGAAGACGGACGAGAGGAGCCCGAAGGAACUGGAAGAGAGCUAGUGCAGCGCACCGAGGGUGUGUCUGAGAAUUGGAAGUUGUCGCCUUCGCUGGGAGGAAGGUUCUUGAUGCUGGAUCCGGUGUUUGCUAGAGAUGAAAAAUAUAUCCUCCUCGCACAUGCAAAGUCGUUGAAAAUAUACUCGACAAAGACCUCCCUCCUCGUCCGCAACAUCCAGAUCCCAUUAAUAAAGCCGACGGAAAGAAUCAUAGCAUAUCUCCUGGACUCCGUAAACGACAGCAGGGUCUACAUUGCAACAUCAAGCUCUCAAUUGUUCCUGUGGAACUGGGUGGACGGGAAACUGUUCCAGAAGUGGAACCUGGGGCUCUCCUCAAUUGGGCUCAUUACUGUCUGCGCAGAUGAGAAGCCAGAUGCUGAGGCUGUGGGUGUUAUCUAUGCGACUGAUGCCAGCGGAAAGAAUGGAUUUCUGUACAGACUUGAGCUGCCCAAAAACUCAAAAACUGAGAUUAAGAAAUCGAUAAUCUACAAAACACCCAAUGGCGCAAUUUCAGCCGCCCAGGUUCUCCUCGGGGGCACAAUAGUUACGAUUGCCUCGGAAAGGACUUUAAUUAUUGGAAAUAAGCACACCGCAGAAGGUGUUGUGGAUGAGAAUGCUGAAUGGGGGGUUUUCCGGAAAUUCCCAAUGACCUUUGUAGUGUCCUGCAUGGACUCGUAUAUCCCAGCCGACGAGAGUAACAAGGGUAAAUCAAAAAAGAACAAAAAGCCAAAGACUACUGCGGCAGGUGUGCUUGGAGAUGUGGUUGUCGGAGACGAGAGCGGUUCCAUGCACCUAUUCCACAAUGUCCUGCGACUCCGGGAAGAGAACAAGUCCGAACAGGACCAAGUUGUCAGAACCCUCCAUUGGCAUCGAAAGAAAGUCCGAUCCGUUAAAUGGGCUUCGAAUGGUAAUUAUAUCAUUUCCGGAGGUUCGGAGACCGUAUUAGUUAUGUGGCAGGUUGAAACCGGACACAAGCAGUUCCUGCCUCAUUUGGGCUCCAUAAUCGAGCGCCUUGUGGUCUCGCCCAAAGCAAACUCAUAUGCAAUCCUCCUCUCCGACAACUCCAUCAUGGUGAUCUCGACCGCCGAGCUGAAAGCCAAAACCAACAUCGCCGGCAUCCAAUCCCGCUUGUUCUUGCCCACAGAAGCCCGCCAGUCCAGAGUUCCUUGCGUCUUCCACCCUACCACCGCGAACCGCCUGCUCCUCGCCACUCCUGCCUCUCAGAUCGAAGGCAGCACUUCUUCACCCUACCUACAAACAUUCGAUACCUACUCUGACCGCCACGUCGCACGACAAGCCCUCACCCGCACCAACGCUACUAACUUCAACACAGGCCCCGAACAAGACUUUAUCCUUGAGCCCAAUGUCACCCUCAUGGCCAUCACUUCAGACGGGACCUGGCUCGCAACCAUCGACGAAUGGAAGCCCCCGCGGCGCAAGUCCGACGACGGCAGCAGCGAGUCACCAAUCGUCGAGGAUGAGGGUCACGGGCGUGAGAUAUACCUACGCUUCUGGAAGUGGACCGAGCAGAAGAAGGUCUGGGAGCUCGUCACCCGCGUGGACUCGCCGCACCCGUCGGCCAGCGGCUUAGGAGCGGAGGAAGUCUACGACCUGAUAGCAGCGCCCAAGGGCCACGGGUUUGCGACAGUGGGCGCAGACGGGAGUGUCCGCAUUUGGAAAGCCAAAGUGCGAACCCGGGCCGGCGGCAUAGAAGUCAGGACCGCUGAGGGCGCACUCACAUCCUGGGGCUGCAGAAGGGUCGUCAUGUUCUCCAAGGGGCAGCGGGAGCUCGAGCUCUCCACCUCCACCCUCCUCGACGUCGAAGCCCCCACCAAGCCAUCCAAGAAGGCCGCCGCCGCAGCAACACCCCCCUACUGGAGCCAACUCGCCUUCUCCGAAGACGGCUCCGUGAUUGCCAUCGCCACGCCCGUCGCCGGCCUCUCCUCUUCCAAAGAAGACACCACCCUCCACCUCGCCGACGCCAGCGCCGGCGCCGUCCGCCACACCAUCAGCGGCCUCCAACUCGGCCUCGUCACCGGCCUCGGCAUCCACGAGCGCCACCUCAUCGUCCUCGGCACCUCCAAGCUCCUCGUCUACAACCUCGUCAACAGCAGCAUCCACUACGAGUUCCCCCUCGAGACACUCAACGCCUCCUCUUCCGCCGGCGGGCACCUCGCCAUCGACCACCACAGCGGCACCUUCGCCAUCGCCGUGGCGCCGCGCAAGAACGGCGAUAGGCACCGCGUGCUCGUCUUCAAGACGGACUCCGUCGCCCCCGUGCACGUGCAGGACGUCGGCCUCGCCGCCGUCACGGCGCUGAAGUCGUCCGAGGGCGGGAAGGGCUACAUGGCGCUCGACGCGGAGGCGCGGAUACAGUAUAUUUCGCCCGUCCUGGCGCCGCACGUGUCUGUUGCGCAGCAGGCGUCGUCGGCGGAGUUCAGUCUGGAGGACGCCGAUGUCGAGGUGGCGACGGGGCUGUCGGGCGUGUAUAUGACGAAUGGCGAUGAUGCGUCGCCUUCCGACAACGACGAGGAGAUGGAGGCGGUGGAUGCUGAUGGCGACGAGGAGGAGGAGGAUGGGGUUGUGGACCGGGUGGUGCCGCGGGAGGCGCUGGAGAGCGUGUUUGAUGCGGUGCCGGCGUAUGCGGCGGGGUCGGUGGAGGAGGCGUUUGAGAAGGUGCUGGCGCUGUUUGUGAAGAAACCGUUAGGGGCCGACGAUGAUAAUGAGGAGGACGAGGAGGAGGAAGAGGAGGAAGAGGACGUGGAUGUGGAUGUGCAGAUGGUUGCGGUGUAG